AUGUCUUCCAUUUCCCUCUUCCUCUGCAUCUCAUUUCUAGCGAUAACAUAUGCUUCCGACAUGUCGAUUAUAACCUACGACGAAACAAACGGCCAAUCGUUGCGCUCUCACGAUGAGAUGAUGUCCAUGUACGAAUCAUGGCUAGUAAAGCACGGAAAAUCAUACAACGGAUUGGGAGAAAAGGAGAAGAGGUUCGAGAUCUUUAAGGAUAAUUUAAGGUACAUAGAUGAGCAGAACAGCGUGGCAAAUCGGACCUAUAAACUGGGUCUGAACCGGUUCGCUGAUCUGAGCAAUGAGGAGUACCGGUCCAUGUAUUUGGGUACCAAAACCGACCAUACACGGCGGGUUUCGAAGAUGCAGAGUGAUCGGUAUACUCCGAAAGACGGAGACAGCUUACCGGAUUCCGUUGACUGGAGAGAGAAAGGCGCCGUUGCUCCGGUGAAAGAUCAAGGCAGCUGUGGGAGUUGCUGGGCAUUUUCGACUAUUGCUGCUGUGGAAGGAAUAAACAAGAUCGAGACUGGUUCUCUGAUCUCACUGUCGGAGCAAGAGCUGGUGGAUUGUGAUACAUCCUUCAAUGAAGGAUGUAAUGGUGGUCUAAUGGACUAUGCGUUUGAGUUUAUUAUUAAGAAUGGUGGCAUUGACACUGAAGAAGAUUAUCCCUACACAGGCAGGGAUGGGAAAUGCGACACAUACCGGAAAAAUGCCAAGGUUGUGUCCAUCAAUGGUUAUGAAGAUGUGACUCCAUACAAUGAGAAGGCAUUGCAGAAAGCAGUUGCAAACCAACCAGUUAGCGUUGCAGUCGAAGCUGGCGGGAUGGACUUCCAAUUAUAUGAAUCGGGUAUAUUCUCGGGGAAGUGUGGCGUUGAACUCGACCAUGGUGUGGCUGUUGUUGGAUAUGGAAGCGAAAACGGUGUUGAUUAUUGGAUAGUGAGGAACUCAUGGGGGCCGAGUUGGGGAGAGAAGGGAUACCUUAGAAUGCAGCGUAAUGUGGUUGCAAAAUCCGGUCUCUGUGGUAUUGCAGUAGAGCCAUCUUACCCAACAAAGACGGGCCAAAAUCCUCCCAAACCUCGUCCAUCUCCUCCAUCUCCGGUCAAACCACCCUCAGCUUGUGACGAAUACUCCGAGUGCCCUGCGAGCACUACCUGCUGCUGUGUCUAUGAACUUUAUGGUGGCGCCUGCUAUGUUUGGGGAUGCUGCCCUCUUGAGGGUGCCACCUGCUGUGAAGACCAAUCCAGUUGCUGCCCCCAUGAUUAUCCAGUGUGCAACGUUAGGGCAGGCACCUGUUUAGCGAGCAAGAACAACCCGCUUGGAGUGGAGGCAAUGAAGCGUAUUCUUGCCCAGCCAAUCGGGACUUUUGGGAGCGAAGGCAAGAGGAGCAGCUCUUGA